UUUAUCACACCCAAACCCGAUUCGACCGCCGCUUCCGCACCUUCUCCCCUUCCGCCUCCAAUGGCUACAACGACGGCGACGGUGACGGCGCCGGCGCCGGCGCCGGCGGCCAACGCCAACUUCGUGCCGACACCAACGGCUCCGCAUCCACGCCCCGCAGCACCACCCGCUUCCCGGGCCCCCUCCACCUUGGGUCCCGUCAAGUCGGAGGCCCCUCCAGCCCCCUCGUCCACUACCUCCGCCGCCGCCGCCGCAUCCGGACCGGAGGAUCCAUCCUACAUCAUCACCGUCCCAAGUUAUUCAGCGUGGUUCUCGUUCGACUCCAUCCACGACACUGAGCGCCGCCUCCUGCCGGAGUUCUUCGAGGGGGAGGCCGCGGCGGCGUCCGGGUGCCGGGGCCCGGGCGCGUACAAGUACUACCGCGACACCCUGAUACGGAGGUUCCGGGCGCGGCCGGGUCGACGGCUCACGCUUACGGAGGCCAGGCGGGGACUUGUUGGCGAUGUUGGCUCCGUCCGCCGCGUCUUCGACUUCCUUGAGGAAUGGGGGCUCAUCAACUAUGGUGCUUUGCCGUCGGGCUCAAAGCAGGCGAAAGAGAAGAGGGAAGAGGCUGCGCCACAGCCGUCAUUGCCUUCUGGGGCAACAGCACCCAGGAAGCUUUGCACUGGUUGCCGCUCUGUGUGUGGGCUUGCUUACUACGCCUGCGAUAAGGCGGAUAUAAGUCUCUGUGCUAGAUGCUUUGUAUGUAAUAACUACCGGCCGGGUCUGACUGCUGCAAACUUCAAGAGAAUCGAAAUUACUGAAGAUGCAAAAUCAGAUUGGACAGACAAAGAAACUCUUCACUUGCUUGAGGCUGUCUUACAUUAUGGCGAGGACUGGAAAAAGGUGUCUGAGUAUGUUGGUAGUCGAUCAGAAAAAGACUGCAUUGCAAGAUUCAUCCAAUUACCUUUUGGAGAACAGUUCAUGGGACCUAAGGAGGAUAGAAUGGGGUUUGAGAAUGAUGGCGACAUUACUGAUGAGCCUGGAGCACAUGUCUCAAAACGACUACGUCUCACUCCACUGGCAGACGCAAGCAAUCCAAUUAUGGGUCAGGUUGCAUUCUUAUCAGCCAUUGUGGGUUCAGAUGCGGCCUCAGCUGCAGCUCAAGCAGCUAUUUCUGCACAAUCCCAUGUUGAUCUAAAUGACGGUGAGAUUGAUUCUUCAAUAAAUAGCGCCAUGGAAGAAGAAUCGUCUCACACAAAUGGGCUUUCAGUUAACGAUUUGCUCAAAGAGGCUGCCACUAAUGCACGGGCACAACUUGAGAAGGAACGGAGCAACAUAGAGCAAUCUUUAUCUGAUAUAGUGGAUGUCCAGAUGAAGGAAAUCCAAGAUAAAAUAUGCCGUUUUGAACACAAGGAGAUGCUGAUGGAGAAAGAGCGGCAGCAGCUCCGCUGCCUGAGGGAUUUGCUUUUCGCAGAUCAACUGACGGUCAUGCAACAUCAUCGCCGGCCCCAAGCUGUAGCCACAGAGAGCAAACUUGAUGAGAAGCCAAAACCCGUUGUUAACAUAAGUUGAUUCAAAUAGAGGGAUUUGAUGCAAGAUAGGAAAUGGUUCCUCUGCAGUUGUGAGGAUUGGACAUAGGUCUGCAGCAUUUAGCUAACCUUUUUCCUUCUCCCCCUUUGUUGGCCUGACUCUAAGGUUGUAUGUUCAAUCCGUGUGCCAUGUCAAUUAUAGCUGAUGAGAAUGGCUGGCUUCCUUCCCUCUAAUCUUGUUGCACCAAAAAAGACCUAAAGUAGCAUGGAUCAGCAGUUGUGAAGAAUCAUUGAUGAAGCGGUAAUGGUUUGGAAUCGGCCUCUUGUCGUUACUAUCGUUGAUGAGCCCUCGGCUUUCUUGUUUGCCUCGACUAAUGGGCGAAUGUGUAAAUAAAAGCAACAUUUUGCCAA